GUUUCUCAUUUAACCUCAGUCCCUAAGCGAGAAGAGUGCAGCUCAUUGGAGAUUGCUGAUAUUACGGAGUAUUCAUCACCAACAAAUUCCAUCUCUUCCAGAACAAAGCCUUGCAUGCGCCUACUUGCUUGCUUUGAUACGGACUGGCUCUUGGCAGAGUGGCUCGGCUGCCUGACAGGUGGCUCUGAGCCCUUCUAAGUGGUUGCUCCACUAUCAGCUUACGGCUGAGUUCCCCAUUAAAUCUGUUAGCGGAUACCUCGCACAAUUCAGCGGGUAUCUCGGUGGUUCGAGCGCCACCUGCCAGCGGCGUGUGCCCCCCGGUAACCCCCCUGGUCAGAUGUAUGGCUGGCGUGUCGCCUGAAGAAAACAGGUUCGUCAGUCAUCGGCGCAGCCAACUCCUCCAGCAACCCGCUUCAUUCCGCCAUCUCUGCACCAAUCUCGAGCACAGUUGCCAUCACUUCCCAAUAGCGCGCCGAAUUCCUCACCAAACCGAGCAUUUGCUCUUGCGAUUCCUGCACACUGCGACUUUGAUCCAUCGAUAGUCGUCGUCUGCGAUUGUCAAAAUGUCCACGUCGCCCUACGAUCCUUACAUCCCGAACAGCUCCAGCGGGCCCGGCGAGGGGGCUUCGGCGGGGAACUCGAGGUUCGAGGAGGCUAACAAGGAAAUCCAAGCGGCCAAGCUUGAGCUUCAGAAGAAUGCGGAGAGGCUCAUGGACCGGAGGGAAAGAAUCGAAGACCUACAUGAACAGUCGAACAAGCUGGCCGAUUCCGCCCAGACCUUCCGUCGCAGCGCCAACAGGGUCCGGAAGCAGAUGUGGUGGAAGGAUAUGAAGAUGCGUAUUUGGCUCGGCAUCGGCAUUAUUGUCCUCCUCGCGAUCAUCAUCAUUCCAGCAGUCGUUACCUCGACGAAGAAAUGAUCCCAGCGAUGACCGUGACGACUUUGAACUGGUUGUAAAGCAAGACGGAAAGGAUAUAAGCCGUGGAUUGGCUCCCGCCGGGAUGAAUCGUGCUCGUUUGGAAUUUUCAUGUUUUGGGCCUUUGCUUUUUGAUUUCGCGGUCUCGGGGCUGGUCGCGCAGACUAGCCGUGGGUCGCUUGGCGUUGCGUGGAUCUCAGCAUGGAGCAACACUGUCACUUCCAACGGAGGUAGCUGUACUUAUGAUGGGUCGAGGGAGCAGGUUCCCUUGGGCAAUUAAUCGAGAUGGUGGUUAUGAUGAGCAUUCACGACUCUUCUUAGUACCAGAAGGGGAAAGCAACGCGCUUCUGUACAUGCUGUGC